AUGGCUCCCUCCAGCGACGCCGGCCUUUUGAUGUCGGACGCCCCGUCCCGUUCGGCGGCUACCCCUAAGCGCUCCUUUAUGCCAUCCUCCUCCGUUGGCGGCAGGCCACGAGCGCCGCCCUCCGAAAGCAUGGGCGCCCAGAGCGACGACGAGGCUGAGGGCUUCGCCGACGACCAAGUCCCUCGCGGAUCAAGGAUACCGGAUGCUGCGAACAUUCCUCGCGUGGAGGACAGAAUCGGUCUCAUGGUCCAGGACCAUUUUGAGACCUUUAUUGAAACAUUCAUUGAAGAACCGAGCUCUUCUGCCCCGCCGACAUCCAGCGCUGCCACGACAGACAAGUAUUAUGUUGCCCAGAUUCACGGCAUGAGGACAUACCAGCUUUCGACAUUCUACGUCGACUUCAACCACCUGACCACAUUUACCAAUGGAGAGCUAGGUGACGGUAUCAUGCGUGGCUAUUAUCGAUUCCUCCCUUUCCUCACGGCCGCCUUACACAACAUGAUCGCCAAAUACGAGCCGCAGUACUUCCGCGAACAUAGGCAGCCGACAUCCUCCAGCAACCCGACGAACUCCACCGCAAGUCAGCUUGGCUCUGCAAGCCAAACGGAUAUGGGUGAAAAGACGGCCAACCAGCAGACAGACAAGCUCUUCACCAUUGCCUUCUACAACAUGCCCCUAAUCUCGAGAGUCCGCAGUCUUAGAUCGACCAAUAUUGGUCAGCUGCUCUCCAUCUCUGGCACUGUCACGCGGACAUCAGAAGUGCGCCCUGAGCUUUCACUCGGCACAUUUGUUUGCGAGGCCUGCAGAACGGUCGUUCCAAACGUUGAGCAGACUUUCAGAUACACCGAACCCACCCAGUGCCCCAACAUGACUUGCCAGAACCGCCAAGCAUGGCAGCUCGAUAUCCGUCACAGCACAUUUGUGGACUGGCAGAAAGUGCGCAUCCAAGAGAACAGCUCGGAAAUUCCCACGGGAAGCAUGCCGAGAACAAUGGACGUCAUCUUGCGUGGAGAGAUUGUGGAUCGGGCCAAGGCGGGAGAAAAGUGCAUCUUCACAGGUGCACUUAUCGUCGUGCCGGAUGUCAGCCAAAUGGGCCUGCCUGGUUUGAGGCCAAGCACCAUCCGUGACGAUAAUCGUGCUGCUGGUGCUGAUGCCGGCGGCGCUGGCGUCACUGGUCUCAAGGCUUUGGGUGUCCGCGAUCUGACCUACCGCAUGGCCUUCCUGGCGUGUAUGGUCACUCCCGAUACCUCAAAUCUCGGCCAGACGGCGACCGGGCAGGUUGCAGAUGUCAUCAGCUCCAUGACGCAAAACAACGCCAACGACAACUCGGAAUCAGUUGACGACCUCCAAGCUGCUGUCGUCGCUGGCUGGACCCCUGCCGAAAUUGAAGAGCUGCGCCAGCUCGUAAGCGAGAAAAACCUUCUCGAUCGCUUAGUGGCCUCCAUAGCGCCAACUGUGUACGGCCACAACACGAUCAAGAAGGGUCUCCUGCUUCAGCUGUUGUCUGGUGUGCACAAAACCACCGCCGAGGGCAUGGAGCUGAGAGGUGACAUCAACAUUUGCAUUGUUGGUGACCCUUCCACAUCCAAGUCUCAGUUCCUCAAAUACGUCUGUGGCUUUGCACCCCGCGCUGUCUACACCAGUGGUAAGGCUUCCUCUGCUGCUGGUCUCACAGCCGCUGUGGUCAAGGAUGAAGAGACCGGAGACUUCACGAUUGAGGCUGGUGCUCUGAUGUUGGCAGACAAUGGUAUUUGCGCCAUUGACGAAUUCGACAAGAUGGACAUUGCCGACCAAGUCGCCAUCCACGAAGCCAUGGAGCAGCAGACAAUUUCUAUUGCCAAGGCUGGUAUCCAGGCCACCCUCAACGCCCGCACCUCUAUUCUCGCCGCCGCUAACCCUGUUGGCGGCCGAUACAACCGGAAGACGACCCUUCGCGCCAACAUCAACAUGAGCGCCCCCAUCAUGUCUCGUUUUGAUCUCUUCUUCGUCGUUCUUGACGAGUGUAAUGAGACCAUCGACCGACAUCUUGCCGAGCACAUUGUCGGAAUUCACCAGCUCCGCGAUGAAGCUAUCGAGCCCGAGUAUAGCACCGAGACCAUCCAGCGUUUCAUUCGUUUCGCUCGCUGUUUCCGCCCAGAGUUCUCUCCGGAAGCCAAGGAGUUCCUGGUCGAGAAGUACAAGGAGCUUCGCGCCGACGAUGCGCAGGGCGGCAUUGGCAAGAACUCAUACCGUAUCACUGUUCGUCAGCUGGAGAGUAUGAUUCGCUUGUCUGAGGCCAUCGCUAAGGGUAGCUGCGAGCCUGUGAUUUCUCCCGACAUGGUUGCCCAGGCCUUUGAUUUACUCAGGCAGAGUAUCAUCUCUGUUGAGCACGACGACGUCGAAGUUGACGACGAGGCCCCCGAGGAGGGUGCGGCGCUGCUCCGUGCGGCUUCUGAAGCAGCUGGUCAGCCCGCGGAUGACGAGAUGGCCGUUGACAGACCAGAGGACACGCCAGCACCGGCCAGGGUCAAGCAGACCAUUACGUUUGAGAAGUACUCGAGCAUGGUUAACUUGAUUGUCGAGCACGUCAACGAGGCUGAGGCCGAGAACGGCGAGGGUGUCGAGGGCGAGUCGCUCGUCGAGUGGUACUUGGAGCAGAAGGAGGACGAGCUUAACAGUGUCGAGGAGCACGACUCUGAGAAGGCGUUGGCGAAGAAGGUCCUCAAGAGGAUGGUCAAGGAAAAUAUCCUCAUGGCUGUUCGCGGCCAAGGCCUGGCUGACGACGACGAGCCUGCCGAAGGCACUUCUUCUGGCCCGGUGGAGCCGGCCACUAUCGUUUAUGUGUUGCACCCCAACUGCGCUGUCGAGGAGUUUUGA